UCAAGCGAACCGAAGCCCCAAAGCUGUUUGUCUAUUGCUUGGUAUGCGUCGUUUUGUUCGGAAAAGCAGAGAUACCUACCUACCGUUUCGGAUAUUCGGUGAUUAUCGGUCAUUUUUUGCCUAAAUCUGUGGCGUGGGUUGAAUUUUCUCUGUGUUAUUUGAAUUCCAGUCAUUGAAGCCAAAUAUGCGUAAGCGAAAGUCUGUUAAGAAAGACGAAGACUCCGAGGGCUCAGGCGGCGGUGAGCCAGAAGAAUUCCAAGACUCAGGAGAAGAUUGGACGCCGGAUGCCGAUUCGAAUGAGCAACCUGCUCGUGGUGGAGGACGUAAACGAGCCACAAAAGCCUCACUUAAUAAUUCAAAGAAAAAACGUAAAAACUCAUCAUCUGAAGAGAGUGAAGGUGAAGCUGAAGAGGAUGAAGAAGGAGAAGAUGAGGAAGGAGAUCUUGAUGAAGAAGAAGGGUCAGAUGAUGAAAAAAAUGGUUCAGAUGGAAACAAAUCUGAUUCAAGUCAAUCUAAGGAUGUACCAAAGCACUUUCAUUCUGGGAAUUUUGUGUUGUUAAAAUCUGACGUCAAGUGGGAUGGUGAUACAGUUGUUUCAAAAUUGGAUGAAUUAAAUCUGUGGAAAAUAGAUGGAAAAGCACUUCUACAAAAAUUCAUUCCUAUGGAAUCCAAUGGAAAGAUUCUCCAUAAAUGCACUUGUGUGUAUUCUGGCUGGAACGUUGAUAAUCGUGACAAUUACUAUCCAAUUACUGAAAUACUGGACAGAAACCCGCGCACAGACUCAAAAGAAAUAUGUGUAGCAUUAGAUCUUAAUGAUCUCAUCAAAGUAAGAGACAAGUAAAUGCAUGGUGUUUACUUGUAGCAAACUAGUUAAGUGGAAGUUAAAUUUAUCGAAUAACAGGUUUUCCUUUGGCACUUCAUUCCAAUUUACUUUAUGUAACAGUCAUUUUAUAAAAAAUGGGGAAUAAAUGUUCAGUACAGUAA